AUGGCUGUCUGCUUCCACACGUCGUCGCCGUCGUCGUCUUGUUCCUCCGCACCGUCCAGCAGCUUCUCCCGGAGCUGCCCACAGAGGUCUCCCUUCUCAUUGCGCAAGAGGAAGCUCUGCCCGUCCGAUUCCCUCCUUCCUCAUCACCGCCCGCGAGCCGCCGCGCGAGGGUUUCGGAUUAGAUCUUCUUAUGGACACCCGCUCAGCGCCCUUUCAUUGCAGAAUGGUGAGUGAUUCUGCAGAUUUUACGACGAAGCAGCUCAUCUCCGAAUUCUCACAGUUGUUCCUCUUUCGUUUGGGUUUUACUGUCCAAGUUUCUCCCUCCAUGUCGAGCUUGUUCUUUGCCGGGUUGAUUGAUUCUAUCCGGCGAAAAUUGUCGCUGAGAUGGUGUUCUUGGGCAGGAUCAUCUGGGAGUUCGCCUGAGAAGGGUCCCGUUGACUUCAAGCUGGAGGAUGGGCGGCCUCCAGGUUCCGGGCCAAGAUCAGACGAGCCCACGAUCAGCAUCACCAUCGUUGGAGCCUCUGGGGACCUUGCCAAGAAGAAAAUUUUCCCAGCCCUGUUCGCUCUCUUCUACGAAAAUUGUCUUCCUGAGGUUUGAUCUUCCUUCACCAGUCGAUUUUCUCCUCCUCCUUCAUCACUGUAAUCCUUCUCUCUCACCCAUGAGGACCAUUCUUCUAACCCAAUUCCUCCUCUCUCUCUCUCUCUCUCUCUCUACGCAGCAUUUUACAAUCUUUGGUUACUCUCGAAGCAAAAUGACGGAUGAGGAACUGAGGAACUCGAUCAGCGGGACGUUGACCUGCAGGGUGGAUAGCAGGUGGCUGCUCUCGUAAUUCUCGUCAAUCUCUUGUUGUUGCCCUGGGUCUCUAUCCCUCCUAAUCCGGCCAGCUGCUCUGGGUCAGGGAUAACUGCGGGGACAAGAUGGAGGAGUUCCUGCGGAGGUGCUUCUACCACCCAGGGCAGUAUGGUUCUGAUGAAAACUUCUCAGAGCUGGACGAGAAGCUCAGGGAAAAGGAGGUACCUUUCCUUCAUCUCCACUUCUUUUCUCCUCGAAUUUUCUAUUUUCUUGCCAUUCAAUUUUGUAUAUAUACUAUUUCUGUAUUUUCCCACUAUUUUAGAUUUAUUUAUUUUUUUCUCCUUGGACUCUUGUACCAUUUAGGAGAGGUAUGGCCUCCCAUCCUCUACCCAUUGCUCGUUUGGCCUCAAGUCAGCUGACCCAGUUCCCCAUCUUUAUCCCUCCCCCCAAAUGAGGAAGUUUAAAGGGUUGACUUUUUUCCCUUCUCUAAGCUUUUACUAUCUGUAGAUUUUCCACCUAUUUUGUAUUUAUAUUUUACGCUCUUGGGGGUCCUCCAGUUUCCCCUAAUUAUGUGUCCCUACUCUUCUCAUACUCAUGCUCCACUGAUAAUGGAUUGACCAGAUUCUUCCAGAGAGGGAUUGAGAGUUUAGCCUCCUCAUCUCUACAGCCGAAACAAGAAAGCUUAUGAGGUUGACUUUUGUUUUUCUUUUUUGUUAAGGUCAGAUUGCCCAAUUCUUCAGUAUCUCCCCCUUUCACGAGUGGACCUGGGAUCAUAGGGAAUGCCCAUUUGACGUGUCAUCAUUAGUCAUUUAUCUAGCUUAAAGAUAUCCUCAAGGUCAGCUUCAUUUUAUUGGCAUCUAGGAGUCUGGUUCUAAGGCUAUUUUUGGAAAUUAUUUUUUGCCCAGGGUGGUAGGCUGUCCCACAGGCUAUUUUAUCUCUCCAUCCCCCCGAACAUAUUUGUGGAUGUGGUCCGAUGCGCCAGCCUCUGCGCUUCUUCUCCAACGGGCUGGACCCGGGUCAUUGUUGAGAAGCCGUUUGGGCGGGACUCCAAGUCCUCGGGAGAGCUCACUCGGAGCCUGAAGCAGUACCUCUCCGAAGAUCAGAUCUUCAGGUGCACAUCCUCCAGAAAACUUGCUCAAUACUGCUCCAAAAUGAUGAAGAACUUGUUUACAAUCCAUAGGAACGCCCACUACUUCUGAAAGGAGGAGAUUUGCUCAAUUUAGACUGACAUUUGAUUCUAUGAUGCACAAAACGGCAGAUAAUUUACGAUUAAUAAUUAUUAUAUGCAACCAUAUCACGACUUGGGAAAGGAAAGGAAACUUGCUCGAUUUAGACAAAAAUGGAGCUCUAUAAUCCAGAAAGUACUGAUUUUUUUUAAUUAAUCAUUAUGUAUAUAUAUAAUUUGUGAUCUACAGGGUCGAUCAUUAUCACUACUUGGGAUGGGAGAUUAGCUCAGUUAGCUGUAUAAUCCACAAAACGAUGAAUAAUUAUUUGCAAGACAAUUUAUUUUUUUUAUUAUCUGCAGAAUCGACCACUACCUGGGGAAGGAGCUUGUGGAGAAUCUCUCAGUUCUCCGCUUCUCCAACCUCGUUUUCGAGCCACUGUGGUCGCGGCAAUACAUCAGGAAUGUCCAGCUGAUAUUCUCCGAGGACUUUGGUACCGAGGGGCGAGGCGGGUCUGUGAAAUAUGUUCUUCCCUUCUUCAUAAAACCUUCAUUUUUUUAUUUAUUAUUUAUUUAAAAUCCGACCAGAGAAGUCAACCCCUUCUUCCCCUGCAGCUACUUCGACAGCUAUGGCAUAAUCCGAGACAUCAUGCAGAAUCACCUCCUCCAGAUACUCGCCUUAUUCGCCAUGGAGCCGCCUGUCAGCCUCGACGCUGAGGACAUCAGGAACGAGAAGGUCCUCUAAGAUUGUACAUCCUCCAUAUGAUUAUAAUUCAUCGAUUAUUUCCCCUUUUUUAUGCUACAAACCGUACUGUUUGAGAGUAAUAAUCAAAAUCAAAAGGGUGGUCUUGAUCAGGUGAAGGUUCUUCGGUCGAUGAAGAAUCUGCAGCUUGACGAUGUAGUGGUGGGCCAGUACAAGGGCCACUCCAAGGGCGGCAGAGCUUAUCCGGCCUACAUCGACGACCCGACUGUGCCGAAGAACAGCCUGACCCCGACAUUCGCCGCCGCCGCGCUCUUCAUCGACAAUGCGAGAUGGGACGGCGUCCCCUUCCUGAUGAAGGCCGGCAAGGCCCUCCACAGCCGACGGUAGGGACAGACAACCCCAGUUGAGGUCUCCUUGGCUGACCUGCCCGAUUACUCCCCACCUGACGGAGAUCAGCUUGCCAGAGCAGAGAUCAGGGUCCAGUUUAGGCACGUGCCCGGGAACCUCUACAAGAGGAGCUUUGGGACCGAUCUGGACAAGGCGACCAACGAGCUUGUCAUCCGGGUGCAGCCUGACGAGGCGAUCUACUUGAAAGUCAACAACAAGAUCCCGGGGUUGACCAUGAGAUUGGACAGCAGCAGGCUCAACCUCCUCUACUCUGCAAAGUAAGAAAAUAUGCUCAGUUUUUGGAGUUAAAAUGACCGUUUUUGGUUCAUAGUCAACUACUUUUGACAGUUGUUUGAUCUGAAAACAUUAUUAAAACUAUGAGUAGCUGUAACUGUUCUUCUGCUCAUCAAGCUCUGCCCAUUAAUGGAUGGAGAUCAUAGGAUCUCCUCAUUGAUCUACUGGUCUGGUCAUUAGUUCCAAUAACACUUUGCCCGUGAAUCAGAAAGAUCAAAGCAGAGAGCUUCCGGGUUUUCACUCGGAUCUGCUUCGUUAAUGUGUCUAAAUCUCUCCUUUUUUUCUGGUGAAGGUACACGAGGGAGAUACCAGACGCCUACGAGAGGCUCCUCCUCGACGCGAUCGAGGGGGAGCGGCGGCUGUUCAUCAGGAGCGAUGAGCUGGAUGCCGCGUGGGCCCUCUUCACUCCGCUGCUGAAGGAGCUGGAGGAGAAGAAGAUAGCACCAGAGCUCUACCCCUAUGGGAGCCGGGGCCCAGUGGGGGCCCACUAUCUUGCUGCAAAGUACGGCGUUCGGUGGGGUGAUAUCAGCAGCGAAAACUGA